CGCCGGCGCCGCUUCCCUGAGGCGGGACCGGGCCGGGACCGGGGCCGGGACCCGGCGGCGGCUCCGGCGCUCCCCACGCGCGGCCCUGCGGGGCUCUGAGCUGAUGAUGGAAGAGGUGCACAAGGGCAGCAGCAGCAGCUCUGUUCCGUCGCAGCCCUCAGCUGUCCAAGGUACAACCCUGCAGGCAGCUCAGCUCUCUCAUAUUGCUCAACAGAUGUCUCUCCGAGGUUCUGCUCCCCUCACAGUGGUUCAGCUUCCUGGAGAGCAAGUCCAGGUGCAGGGAGUCAUUCAGACAGCUCAGUCCUCCUCGGUGAUCCACUCCCCUCAGGUGCAGACCGUGCAGGUAUCUUCCUUGUCUGAGAGUGAGGAUUCUCAGGACUCCUCAGACAGCAUUGGCUCCUCACAGAAAGCUCGAGGCAUCUUGGCUCGUCGUCCAUCCUACCGAAAAAUUUUGAAAGAUCUUUCUUCUGAAGACACACGGGAUAGAAAAGGAGAUGAGGAAAGUCCUGGGGUCUCCACUGUGGCCUCCAUGUCCGUUCCCACGCCCAUCUACCAGACAAGCACUGGACAGUACAUUGCCAUUGCAGCCAACGGGCUGCAGCUGGCGGGGCCGGGGGCAGACGGGGUGCAGGGGCUGCAGACACUGACCAUGGCCAACACCGGCGCCUCCCAGCCCGGCACCACCAUCCUGCAGUACGCCCAGACCUCGGACGGGCAGCAGAUCCUGGUGCCCAGCAACCAGGUGGUGGUGCAGACUGCCUCUGGGGACAUGCAGACGUACCAGAUCCGCACCACGCCCACCACCUCCUCCCUGCCCCAGACCGUGGUGAUGACGUCCCCCGUCACUCUGACGUCCCAGAGCAGCAAGACAGACGACCCACAGCUGAAACGGGAGAUCAGGCUGAUGAAGAACAGAGAAGCUGCCCGGGAGUGCCGUAGGAAGAAGAAGGAGUAUGUGAAAUGCUUGGAAAAUCGAGUGGCAGUCCUGGAAAAUCAGAACAAAACUCUAAUUGAAGAGCUAAAAACUUUGAAAGAUCUUUACUGUCAUAAAAGUGUGUAAGAAGAGAAGGUAAAAACAUCUGGGAACUGGUGAAAUAUCAGAGGAGAAUUUUUUUUUUUUAUACUGAAUUUUUUAAACUAGAUGAAAGGUCAAAAAUGAAACUUUUCUACCUAGAUUUCACAGCUCAAAGACUCUAUAGAUUUUCUUUACAACAUGUUGGUGACAAAGUACAAAGAGGAAACAAGAAAACCUCACCAAAAUUCCUGCUGGCACAACUGGAAACUGCUCAAUUCAAGAUUGCAGCUACGGCAGAAGGACAGUCUCGUGUGGCGAGGCAGGUGAUGAGAGUUUCUUUGAAAAUUCCUGGGAAUGCCUCCAAUUAGGGAGGCAAAAUUUGGUUACAAAGAAAAAACAUGAAUGAAACAGAAUCCUUGCCAUAGCUGACAUUAUUAGUAACGUUUAUAACCAGUGUAUGUUUUGAUUUCUUACUCUUUUUCAAGCCUUUUUCCUUCAGUUAUUUGUCUGUAAAUAUUUUUAUUUUAACCUGUAAGUUGGUCUUUACAGGUGCAGAUGAUAAAAAAGCUGAUACUUUGCUCGAGGUAUAAAUUAUGUUUUUACUCUUUCUCAGAUGACAAUUUAAAAAGUUGGGAUGAUUUUUUUUUUUCCAUGUUUGCCGUGUUUAUCAGAUUGGGGAAGGAUCUGCAGAAGGCAGCAAGAGGCCUGGUCCUGGAAAUGUCUGAGGCACAGAAAAUUGUGUUGGUUUUCUUAGAGAAUUCAGCACAUCAGUGAUUUUAAAGCACGGUGUGAGGGACGAGGACUGGUGACAAAAAGUUCUGAAGAAUUUCUGAGAUUAAACUUCUCAAAGUUGUUCAUUUCACAAGAGUUUGUUCUUAGUUCUGGGCAUGAGAAACAUUGAUCAUUGAAAAUUAGAUGGUGUGCUGAUCAUAUCUACAAUGAAACACUCAGUGCUUGUCCUGGCUGGGGAUUCUCCUGGGCUUUGGAACAUGAAACCAAAUAGAAGAAAAAUUAUGUAGUAAAAAAUGAAAGAUCUAUACCAAAGGGUUAUGAGGUUCUAAUCUCUGGUUUAUUGCUGGAAAUAGUGCAAAAUUACAAUUUCCAGCCUAAUUUUGUAAGGUAGGAGCUAUUUUGCAAAGUAAUGGUAUCUUUGUAAGCAAAUACUAUAUUGCAAACAGGGAGAUGGUUGGUAUAUUUUGUAGCUAAAUUGUGAUCUUUACAAAACCUGAAAUUGAGUUUCUAUACCUAUUUUGACAGUUUAUAUCUUUCAUUUUAGUAACCAAAUGAAAUAUUUUGUGAACCAGAUUUUCAAGGAUAUAUUUUUAUGGAUAGUACAAAGUCAAAUGAGAUCCUCUUUGGUGUAGGAGAUACUUGAAUUAAUUUUGUAUGUCUGUAGGAAACUUGCAGAAAAAAACAGAUCCUAAAGAGUAUUGGGGGGGAAAAAGGAGGGAAAAAAAAAA